AUGGCGAACGAUUCCAGCGAUUUUAAUGAGAUGCGACGUUUGAAACGCCCCGUUGAAGUGUUGGUGGCAAAUGGAGAAAAGCUGACGGCAGAAUAUUGUGGCGAUGUUAUACUGUAUGCGGCAGUUGGAAAUAAGAAGAAGAAAUGUGAAGCCAAGAAUGUGUUGUACCUCCCCGGUUUGAACUGUAAUCUGCUGUCUGUUAACCGAAUUGCGAGAUCGGGAUUAGAGGUCCGGUUCCAUGGUGACGUGGCGGAAGUGAUAGCUGAUGGAAAUGUAGUGACUGUAGGUCAGCACAAGGGCAAGCAGUAUAAGCUUAAUGUGUUGUGCAAACGUGAAUGA